AUGGCCGAGCCAGAAGAGAUUCCAGGCGAGACGAUCAUGGAGAAGAUCUACUCCCACCACCGCUCCUCGUCCUCGUCGUCUUCCGGCGACGACAAGCACACUAAGAAAGUGGAUGCCGUCAUGGCAGCCGUGGAGGACGAUGCCGUCAAGCACAAGGCGGAGGAACACCACAAGCCGGCGGCGCACGAUUCCGUCAAGUCCAACAAAUUCAGAAUCUUCGGCCGCGAAAAGUCCGUUCACAAUGUCCUCGGCGGUGGCAAACCCGCUGAUGUCCUCCUAUGGAGGGACAAGAAAGAAUCUGCAAGUGUUCUUGGUGGAGCGACUGUACUGUGGAUUUUCUUUGAGUGUCUUGAAUACCAUUUGAUCACACUGGUCUGCCAUAUUUUGAUACUUUUUCUGGCUGUCUUCUUCCUGUGGUCCAAUGCAUCCUCUUUUAUCAACAAGGCUCCACCAGAAAUCCCAAAAGUUCAAAUCCCGGAAAAGUGUAUCCUUGAUCUUGCCUCUGCACUGAGGACUGAACUGAACAAAGGGUUCCAUGUUAUGCGGGAAAUUGCAUCUGGGAGAGACUUGAAGACAUUCCUCAGUGUUAUUGCUGUCUUGUGGAUUGUUUCAGUGAUUGGCAAAUGGUUCAACUUCCUGACCUUGUUCUACUUAAUCUUCGUCAUGCUGCACACCAUGCCCAUGGUCUAUGAGAAGCAUGAUGCCCAGAUUGAUGCUGUUGCUGAAAAGGCAUGGAUCGAGUUUAAGAAGCAGUAUGCAGUGUUCGAUGAAAAGGUUUUGAGUAAGAUACCCAAGGGCCCGGUGAAAGAGAAGAAGAAGGAUUAGAGUCACACCAUGCUGGAGUUAAUUUUGUUUACUAGGUUUUACAUCAAGUAACUGUGGUUUUUGUCCAGUCUUGAUUCAUCAUCCGCUAGAUUACCUCUUUCUGCGUUUCAUUUUAGAACCUGGUUUAAUGAGCGCACAGUUUAAUGAAUAUAAGAGUUUUAGAUCUAUAAAUGUUUGAUGCCUUUGAACUUUUUGCCUAUCACAGUAAUACAUUGUAUCUAUUUUUUAUAUCUAGAAAGUUGCACUUA